AUGCCGCUCAUGAAGUCAGGUUACUACCGAUUCUCCACUGGCUGGGAGAAGUUGAUCCUGGUGAUCGGGCUGCUCGGGGCUGCGGGCACGGGCGCCUGCCAGCCGCUGAACGUGCUCUUCUUCGGCGACCUGACCGGCAUCAUGGUGGACUUCGGCUCGCAGCUGGGCCCGGAGGUAUCAGCGGCCGCGGCGGCCUACAUGAGCGGCUACCGCGAGUACCCGGGGGAGACGCUGACCGAGGCCUUGCUGCGCGUCAUGAACUCCACGGAGCGCGCCAGUGACACGGGCACCAUCGCCGAUGAAUUAAAAAACAUCACCCAGAUGUUCCUCGACGGCAUUCAUACCUUCGCUAUCAACAACAGCAUUGUCGGCGCCGCCACUUUUAUAAGCACAUACAUCUCUCUCGCCUGCUUCAACUACGUAGCUUAUACACAGAUUCACCGGAUCCGGAAUCUCUACUUGAAGUCUGCGCUCCGUCAGGACAUUGGAUGGUACGACGUGCACCAGUCAGGAGAGUUCGCGAGUCGCAUGUCAGAGGACAUGACGAAGCUGGAGGACGGGGUGGGCGAGAAGGUGCCUAUGUUCGUGUCGAUGGUGGUCUCGUUUGGGGGCAGCGUGGGGCUGGCGCUGGGUCGCGGUUGGGAGCUGGCGCUCGUCUGUCUCGUAUCGCUGCCCGUCACCCUGAUCGUCGUCGGCAUCGUCGGGUUCGCGGCCUCGCGCCUCGCCAAGCGUGAGAUGACCGAGUACGCCAAGGCGGGCACCAUUGCCGAGGAGGUGCUCAGCUCCAUCAGGACCGUCAUCGCGUUCGGCGGUCGGGAGAAGGAGGUGGAGAGGUACGAGAAGAAUCUUCUGUCAGCCAAAAACCUGAACGUGAAACGGAAUUUAUUAACUGGGCUCGCGUUCGGCAUCCUUUGGUUCUUCAUCUACGCUAGCUACGCCCUGGCUUUCUGGUACGGUGUAACUCUUAUCAUCAGGGAUAUGGACAAAACGGAGGGCCAGAUCUACGAUGCUGCAACCAUGAUCACAGUAUUCAUGGGCGUGAUGACAGGCUCGAUGUCGUUAGGGAUGGCUUCGCCAUUCAUCGAGGCCUUCUCUAUAGCCAGAGGUGCGGCCGCUAAGGUAUACUCCGUUAUCGACCGCGAGUCUCUCAUUGACAGCAUGUCCGAAGAAGGCAAGCGACCGGAGAAAAUAGAAGGCUCCAUCAACUUCAGGAAUGUCCACUUCGAGUACCCAUCCCGCAAGGGUGUGAAGAUUUUGAAAGGGCUGAACCUUAGCAUCAAAGGCGGUGAGACGGUUGCUCUGGUCGGUAGUUCAGGCUGUGGAAAGUCUACUUGCAUACAACUUAUACAACGAUUCUACGACCCUCUAGACGGAGCGGUACAACUUGACGGCCACGACAUCCGGAGCCUCAACGUGGGAUGGCUGCGCUCGCAGAUCGGGGUGGUGGGGCAGGAGCCGGUGCUCUUCCAGACCACGGUCGAGGAGAACAUCCGCUACGGCCGGGAUGGCUGCACCAAGGAAGACAUCGUAAAUGCCGCCAAGAUGGCCAACGCUCACGCUUUCAUAUCCAAGCUGCCGCAGGGCUACGACACGCUGGUGGGCGAGCGCGGCGCGCAGCUGUCUGGCGGCCAGAAGCAGCGCAUCGCCAUCGCGCGCGCCCUCGUGCGCCGGCCCAGGAUCCUGCUGCUGGACGAGGCCACCUCUGCGCUGGACACCAGCAGCGAGGCCAAGGUGCAGGCCGCGCUCGACAGGGCGAGCGUGGGCCAGACGACGAUCAUCGUGGCUCACCGGCUGUCAACGAUCCGCAACGCAGACAAGAUAGUUGUGAUCCACGAUGGCCGGGUGGUGGAGCAAGGCUCUCACGAUGUGCUGAUGGAGCGUCGUGGCCACUAUUUCGACCUCGUCACCACUCAGAUUUCGGGCUCCGAGGACCCUACAUCUCCAGGCGAAGAAGGAGGCAAGGAACACGUGACGGCUGAGCGGAUGAUCAGCGUACGCAGCAAUGCCUCGUCAGCCAUCGACGACGACGAAGAACUGACGGAGGGCCAGCGGCUCAUGGCGGAGCACUACCAGGAGGGUACCGUCAAGGCGGCCAGCAUCCUCAAGAUCCUGCGCGUCAACCGGCCAGAGUGGCUGCUGCUCGUCAUCGCGACGGUCGCCUCCGUCGUCAGCGGCUUCGCCAUGCCGCUCUUCUCCGUGCUCUUCGGUGAUCUCAUUGGGACUCUUGGACAAGACGACCCUGACAAGAUUCGCGCGGAUACAGACUACUUCUCGCUGCUCUUCGUCAUCGUCGGCGUCGUCAUGGGCUUCAUGACGUUCAUCCAGACGUACUUGUACGGAAUCGCCGGAGAGAAACUGACGAUGCGCUUCCGAGGCCUGAUGUUCUCUGCGAUGCUGCGCCAGGAGGUGGCCUACUUCGAUGACAAAAACAACAGUACAGGGGCACUGUGCGCACGCCUCUCUGGAGAUGCUGCCAACAUACAGGGGGCGACGGGCCAACGGAUUGGCACCAUCACGCAGUCGCUGGGCACCCUGGUGCUGUCGGUGGCGCUGGCCAUGUACUACGAGUGGCGGCUGGGCCUGCUCGUGCUGGCCUUCGUGCCGCCGCUCUUCGGCGCCUUCUACGUGCAGGGCAAGCUGCAGCGCGGGGAGCUGCUGGGCACCGCGGGCGCCAUGGAGAAGGCCACCAAGGUGGCGGUGGAGUCCGUGACCAACAUCCGCACCGUGCUGGGCCUGUGCCGGGAGCGCCAGUUCCACGCGCAGUACCUGCUGGAGCUGCAGCCCGCACUGCAGGUGUCGAAGCGCAACGUGCACCUGCGGGCGAUCACGUACGCGCUGGCUCGCAGCAUCGGUUUCUUCGCGUACGCCGGCGCCAUGGCCUUCGGCGGCUCGUUGGUCGCCAGUGAGGGGCUGCCCUACGAAAAGGUCUUCAAGGUGUCGCAAGCUCUCAUCAUGGGAACGGCGAUGGUGGCGAAUAUACUUUCAUUCGCUCCCAAUUUCCAGAAGGGAAUAGAAGCGGCGUCUAAUGCCUUCUACCUGCUGGAGAGGCAACCUAGAAUCGAUGACGCCCCUGACGUAAAAGACGAAAAGUGGAAGAGUGAGGGCGAGGUGCAGUACUCUAACGUGCAGUUUGCGUACCCGACGCGCGUGGGCAGCCUGGUGCUGCGCGGCCUGGACCUCGAGAUCCGGCCCGGGCAGACGGUCGCACUGGUGGGGCCUUCCGGCUGCGGGAAGUCCACCACCGUGCAGCUGCUGGAGAGGUUCUACGACCCCACCGCCGGCGUCGUGUCUGUGGACGGCCGAAACGUGUCCAAGGUAAAAAUGGCGAACCUGCGGGAUCAGAUGGGCAUCGUCUCGCAGGAGCCGGUGCUGUUCGAUAGGACCAUCGCUGAGAACAUCGCAUAUGGCGACAACGAGAGGCAUGUUCCCAUGGCCGAGAUCAUCGAAGCCGCCAAGAAGUCCAAUAUACACAACUUCAUCUCCUCUCUGCCGCAGGGCUACGAAACCCGCAUGGGGGAGAAGGGCACGCAGCUGUCCGGAGGGCAGAAGCAGCGCGUGGCCAUUGCGAGGGCGCUCGUCCGCAACCCGCGGAUCCUGCUGCUCGACGAGGCCACUUCGGCGCUCGAUGCUGAGAGCGAGAAGGUGGUGCAAGAGGCGCUGGACAAGGCGAAGGAAGGGCGCACCUGCAUCACGAUCGCGCACCGGCUGACGACCAUCCAGGAUGCUGACGUCAUCUGCGUCAUCAAUGAAGGCCGCGUGGCUGAGUUGGGCAAGCACUCGGAGCUGCUACAGCGGCGAGGCAUCUACCACAAACUGCACAGUCUGCAAGGAGGGCGGCGGUAG